UAACUUGUUCCCAAACUAUCUGGACUUGUCAAGGCUCGGGCGGACGGACAGGGGAGGAAAAAGUCGAGUUUGUUUAUGCCUUUUUGGAGAAGCGACAGGCGAAGAAGUUUUUGUGGACACAACAUCGCUGGGACCUUUUGGGAGAAGGCGCACUGCAACACGCACCCGCACGCGCACGCUCACGGAGCCCGAGAGAGUGAAAGAGAGAGAGAGAGAGAGAGAGAGAGAGAGAGAGGGACAGAGAGAGAGAGAGAGAGAGAGGCUGUGGAAGCUCGCCCUGUUUUUCUCCAGAGAAAAAGUUGCUGAGAGAAUCGACAGGUAACUUAUUUUAUUUUAUUUUUUUUUAUUUCCCCCCCCCCCCUCCCCUCCCCCACCCCCUUCCUUUUGGGCAGCGCCACCUCUCCUCGUCCCGUUCGGACUCAGCGCGUGCGUUCACAUUUCACCCGCUCGGCAGCGCCGACUCAAUAGCCCUUCCUGAUGUAUAACAUGAUGGAGACAGAACUGAAGCCCCCGGCCCCCCAGACCAACGCGGGGGGCACGGGCAACAGCAACACGUCCGGCGGCAACCAGAAAAACAGUCCGGAGCGGGUCAAGAGACCCAUGAACGCCUUCAUGGUGUGGUCCCGGGGCCAGAGGAGGAAGAUGGCGCAGGAGAACCCCAAGAUGCACAACUCGGAGAUCAGCAAAAGACUCGGCGCCGAGUGGAAACUUCUGUCGGAAAGCGAGAAAAGACCUUUCAUCGACGAAGCCAAGCGGUUGCGGGCCCUGCACAUGAAGGAGCAUCCCGACUACAAGUACCGGCCCCGGCGGAAGACCAAGACCCUGAUGAAGAAGGACAAGUACACCCUGCCCGGCGGGAUGCUGGCCCCGGGCGGCAACGGGAUGGGCGCUGGGGUCGGCGUGGGCGGCAGCCUGGGCGGCGGGGUGAACCAGCGCAUGGACACUUACGCCGCUCACAUGAACGGCUGGACCAACGGCGGCUACGGCAUGAUGCAGGAGCAGCUGAGCUACCAGCACCCCGGACUCAACGCGCACAACCCGGGCCAGAUGCAGUCCAUGCACCGCUACGACAUGAGCGCCCUGCAGUACAACACCAUGACCGGCUCCCAGAGCUACAUGAACGGCUCCCCGACUUACUCCAUGGCCUACUCCCAGCAAACGGCGCCGGCCAUGAGCGCCCUGGGCUCCAUGGGGCCCUCGUCGGUGGUCAAAUCCGAGUCCAGCAGCUCCAGCCCGCCGAUCGUCACCUCGUCCUCCCACCGGGCCGCCCCGGGCUGCCAAAGCGGCGAUCUGAGGGACAUGAUCAGUAUGUACCUGCCCGGGGCGGAGGUCAGCGAGCAGACUGCCCAGACCAGACUACACAUGUCCGGCCACUACCAGAGCACCGUGCCCGGGACGACGAUCAACGGCACGCUGCCCUUAACGCACAUGAAGCUCUAGAGGAACGAAGCAGGCAGGCAGGAGAUGCCCUCUUCACUGCUGGAUCAACUUUGCAAGACGAGAAAGUGGGAGUCGCAAUCAAAUGUUUUAUUGUUGCAAUCAUCUUUUGUACAGUAUUUAUCAAAGAAACAUUACAAUCAGAUGAAAUUGUUAAACUGCAAGAGGUUGCAUCUUGUUUUACCUAUCUAUCUAUAUAUAUAUAUAUAUAUAUAUAUAUAUAUAUAUAUAUAUAUAUAUAUAUAUACACCUGUUGAAAAAAACAAAACAAAUAACAAAGCCAGUUCAAUUGAAAAUAUCACAACGACGGCAGAACUAUUGGAGCAAUCAGUUAUGCAAAAAAAAAAAAAAAAUUACAAAUAAAAUACUUUGGAAAGAAAAGGGACAAAUAGCUUAAUAUUACUACAUCGUUUUCAUUUCUUAAAUAAUACAUAAAUAAAUCAAUAAAUGGGACUUUCCCCCAGCUCAUCCAUCUUAAAGUUAAUUUAUAUUCCCGUCUCCCACUUUUCAUCUGUUUGAGGUAUGAUGCUUGUGCUCUUUAUUUUCCAAUUGAUUUGUACAAUUUAUGUAUAUUUACUGUGAUAUUUUAUGUUUUUAUCUCAAAAUUCAUUCCUGUAGUUGUAUUUUCAAAUUUGCGGCCUGUACGCAGAAGCCAACCACUCCAUGUAUAUACUGAAACUAAUACCAUCCUUAUAACAGCUACGAUUUCAACUGAGUAUAUUUUUUUCUUUUCUUUUCCAUAUGCAGUUUGAAAAGAAUAAAUUUUGAAAA